ACUCUUUUGUCUGUAUCUGUCAUGAAACCGGUGGGAGAGGUGCGUGCUGUUUUACGUACCACAAUGGAUUGGAUGCCCAAUAGUUUUAUAUUACAGUACAGGAGAGAGGGCGGAUUUCUACCCUGAAUAAACUGGACGACCGUAAAUCCCGGCUACAGCAGUGUUGUUCCACCAGGACGCCACGUGUACCCCUUCAUCUUCCAGAUCCUCUUUGACUCCUCCCAGCAAACGUCAGUCCUGUGAUGGGAGGAGCCAACCCACCACGCUGCAAGCAAUUCCCUAACUUCACCACUUACUCGAUGUGGUCAUUUUAUCUUCACGGAGCAUUAUGGAUAACAUAAAGAGCCUAGAAGUGACCUACAACCCCAUUAAUGAGAGAAACACCUUCACCAACGGCGACUUGAUUUCAGGUCAGGUAACUGUGAAGGUGAGGAAGGAAACUCAAAUCAAAUCACUGUUCAUCAAGUUCUGCGCUAAAGCCAAGGUCCUGUGGAGCGAGAGGCAUGGGAACCACACAGUGGUUUACCACGCCAAGGAGAGGUACUUCAACAGCAAACAUUAUUUUAUUCAGGACAAGAACGUCAGAGUUGACAACCAGACACUACUGAGAAACCAGUACAGAGAAAUAUACAGCAGUGUUGUUGCACCAGGAUGCCACGUGUACCCCUUCAUCUUCCAGAUCCCUUUUGGAAACUUUCCGUCUUCCUUUCGAGGCCCAUAUGGUAAAAUUAUUUACCAGCUAAAAGCCAAGCUGAGCAGAUCGAUGAGGAUCGCCAAGAAAAAUUUGGCUGAUAUCUACUUUGUGUCGAGACCAAACCCAAACUCUGUUCGCUUGAUGAUGAUUCCACAACAUGGAACUAAGACUAAGAAAAUGAAGGUUUUCAACUCAGGAUCAGUAUCAAUGGACGUGAAAAUUGAAAAAAGUGGUUUUGUCCAAGGAAAAAGAAUGAAGGUCAUGGCCAUUGUUCAGAACAACUCGUCUCGUGAGAUCAAGCCCAAGUACUGUGUGUGUGUAAUCCAAAACUUCUUUGCAAAUGGGAGGAGAAAAUUCUUUAUCCAAAAGAUCUUGAAGGAGGUGGGAGAGCCCAUCCCUCCAUCCUCAAGAGAAACAGUCACGAGAGUCAUCACCAUCCCCAGAGACAUGGAGCCCUCCAUUCUCAACUGCAACAUCAUCAAAGUGGAGUACAGACUCAGGGUUUACCUCAAUGUCAAAUAUGCCUCAGACCCAGAGAUCAACUUCCCCAUAAUCAUCCUUCCAGCCUCCCAGGCUCCUUCUACAGCAUCAGCACCACGUGGGCCAACAGACUUUGGAUUUGAACCAUUUGGGAACCCAAACCCACCAGUUCGGGGCAUGAAACCACCAGCGCCAGCUGCCAGGCACUCAAAACCACCAGCAGCAUCAUCAGGCCCACCUGUACCCGCAGUCCGGCAACCAUUUGGGGCCCAACCUCCUCAUGGAGCACAUGCCAUGUGCUCAUCAGUGACAGAUUGUGAGACCACUUUGUUGUAAUAAUAGAAUAAAUGAAAUCAAGGUUAACCUGAUGAAGGGAUGAGGGCUUCUUUACGUUUUAAUCAGUGGACCUGUACCAUUCACAUUUUAAGUUGGUCAUUGUGACCUUUUAAUGUUAUUAUUAUGCUGUUAUUUUAACAUAUUGAAGCACUUAUUAGUGAUGAUGACCCUGUCUUGGUAAAGACAGUCUCUGCUUACAAUGUAAAUGAAGUUCUUCAUUGUCCCUUAAACGAAAGUAGCUCUCAUGUAUUAUUUAUCACUCUGUCUCAUAUGCUGAGUUUCAAAGAGUUUCACUUUUCAAUUAUUUAAGGGAACGUGGUGUUUUGUAGAUGUAAAGCACAAACUCUUGUUACACCAGUUUAUUGUACAGCAUGUAGCUUGAAAGAGAUUUUCUUCUGUGCUGGACCUGAAGCUUUGAAACAUCUUUGAACCAACUCCAGCCCCAGACUUGAUCUGAUGAGGAGGUGUGCUUGACUCCAUCUGCUACAGUAUUUAAAACUUCAUGAUCUAAACUG